AUGAUAUCCGAGGCCCUUCUUUCUUUUUCCCAGUUUAUUGCUCAAGCUCAGCGCCGUAGACUUGUGGAUGCGAGUAAACAAUUGGCCCGAGGAUUUUCGCGGCGCUUUCUCCUGUGUUCUCUUCGCAACAAUGCCCCUACUGACUACCCAGACACAUUAUCACUGGUGUGUCCAUUGUCACUCACAACACUUGGCUGGGCCUUGCUGGGUAGGGAUUACGGUGUAGUGAAUCGCUUGAUAGAGCAAGCUUUGUCUCGGGAUCGCGGAUUACUAGCUGAUCGGUCAAAUACAUCAACGGAAAUAUCCGAAUUGGCUGCCGCUGUGCUUGGUUUUCAUCACGACGGCCAACUUCCAGAGUCCGUAACGAACUUCACUUCGAAUGGCACAAAGAAAUCCCCUCUGUCUCCAGAACUGGCCUUCCUCAUACGUUACGCUGAAUUGCAACAAUGUUUCAUCGUUGGAAACGAAGAACUUGCCGUUGAUCGAAUGAUUGAGUUACUGGUCACUACUUCUGGCGGUUUUGCUCCGUUGGCUCAUCCGAGUUCCAUGGGUACUUCCAUCCCUGACAUUGGUUCCGCUAUAUCAACACGCUUGCGCCUCCGUCUUUUGUCAGAAGUCCGCCAUUUGUUGGGCCGGAAUUGUAUCCGACGUGAUCAAGUGGAACUGUUAAUUGCCUCUCUUGUGGAUAUACGAUUCGAACUUCAGCAUUCAUCUUAUGCAAAUCAGGAGUCCAUCUCUUUGCUUUCGCGCCUGCACAUGCUACUAGCUCGGGAAUUAGCCUCUUCUGUUUUGCCUUCUAAUCAUUCCACCGUUGUCCUACCGUCGGCCAUCCAUCCAAACUGAUUUGUUUCACCGUUCCUAUACAUAUCUUGCAUGUUUUAAAUGUAUAGUAGCACCGUGAAGUGCCAUUUUCUCUUUUUAUGUUCAGCCUCUCGCGAUUAAUUGGCAACGAUGCCAACUAGACCGGAAACUUCUGUUAUUUCUCAUCACUAGGUUUUGAUAUGAGAUCCUGGCCAUUAUACACUGUCCAACACCGUUUUUUUAUCUA